AAAAUCACAAAUUUACUCUUCAGGUUUCAAGAUCGUGUUUUACAUCAAUGCCGUUCGUUGCUCUGAUAGACAGCUGUCGUAGAUUCAUCAAUCAAUAGGCCUAAUCAAAAGCGCCCACACAAAUAUACAGGCACACUCAAAAAGGUAUAUAGUGAGACGGUGAGUUGUAGGUAGUGUGUUUGAGCUUCAGAAAUGUCUAACCCAGAAGUGAUUGCGUCCCGGCUUUUGUCGUUUAACCUGAUGUAUAGUUAUGAAAAGCGUCUUCAGACGUUUUCCGAGUGGCCUUUUCGAGAAGACUGUCAGUGCACACCAGAGCUGAUGGCCAAGGCGGGUUUUGUGCACUGUCCUAGUGAGAAUGAGCCAGACGUGGCCUGCUGUUUCUACUGUCUCCGAGAGCUGGAGGGCUGGGAGCCAGAAGACAACCCCUGUUUGGCCCCAGCUGUCCAUCAGCCCCCCGCAGUUCUCCCAGCUGUCUCGGCUCUCCGAACGAACAGCCUAACAACAAUGCAGGGCUGGAAAAGACAAACCUUUGGAAUGGUGGAUGAGGCAGGGUCCACUUCAAGCAAAACAGCCUCGGAGGCGCCCCGUUCUCAUCUUAGUGCCGCUUCCGACAAUAAACACACUUUCACACACUGCCUCUCUGUCUUGUCACCCCAUCAACCCUCUUGUUUGUUCAUUUGGAGAGGCAUUGCAUUGUUCGAUAUGAACACAAAGCUAAAGUCAAUGAUCGUCCUGUACUCAAGUGAUGAAAAGGCAAAGUCUUGCAUACAUUUCAAUACAGCUAUGUGACAUGCAAGUUACAGG